UUAUUCCAUUCCCCUCUCCAAACUUGAGUCGUGAACUUGGCCGUGACUUUGCUUGUCUCCCCUCUAGGCAUGUUCUUCACUCUCAGGAUGCUAAUAGUAACUUCCUCAAAUUAUUAAGUAACAGAUUUCUGCUUUAUAGAUAUCCCUUUCCAUACUUACAUACGGAAAUUUUCUCGCUGCUUCUGCAAACAGUCAAUGAAUUUUCAGGUUUACACUUCUUAAGAUCUUCAGUUUUGAAUGUUUUGAUUUUUUUUCUGUUGUGACGUGUGCUUCUGUUGACCAACACUUUUUACUUCUCUAGGAUUGACAACAGUUGAAAAUGAACAACCAAAAUGGACAUCACAGUUGGCCUGAAAAGGUUGGAAUUAUUGAUAUUGAAAUUUAUUUUCCAUCCUAUUAUGUUGACCAGAAUGAAUUGGAAACUCAUGACAAUGUGUCUAAAGGAAAGUACACAAUAGGUUUGGGACAAAGUAAAAUGGGUUUCUGUUCUGACAGAGAAGACAUUAAUUCCCUGUGCCUUACAGUAGUGGAGCAACUGAUGCAAAAGAGAGGGCUCAGCUAUACGCAAAUUGGUCGGCUAGAAGUUGGAACUGAAACCAUAAUUGAUAAGUCUAAAAGUGUUAAAACAGUAUUGAUGGAAUUGUUUAAAGAAAGUGGUAAUCAUGAUGUUGAAGGUGUAGACUCUACAAAUGCUUGUUAUGGUGGAACUGCUGCACUUUUCAAUUCAGUUGCUUGGGUGGAAUCCAGUGCAUGGGAUGGUCGUUAUGCAUUAGUUGUAGCUGGUGAUAUAGCAGUAUAUGCUGAAGGCAAUGCUCGUCCCACAGGUGGUGCUGGUGCCAUAGCUAUGCUUAUUGGACCAAAUGCUCCAAUUGUCUUAGAGAGAGGUUUGCGCUCAACAUAUAUGGAACAUGUCUAUGAUUUCUAUAAGCCUAAUUUAAUGAGUGAAUACCCUACAGUUGAUGGAAAGCUAUCUGUUCAAAGUUAUGCUAAAGCACUGGACAAAUGUUAUGAUGGUUUUUGUAGAAAAGCUGAAAAAUUGCACAAAACAAAAGGCAAGAAGUGCUUUACUUUAAAAGAUUUAGAUGCCAUGCUUUUUCAUACUCCUUAUUGCAAACUUGUUCAAAAGAGUCUUGGUCGACUUGCAUUCAAUGAUUUCCUUAGAUGUUCAGGUUCUGAACUUGAAGAUGAAUACAAAGGCCUUGAAAUGUUUAGAGAUCUUAAACUGGAAGACACCUAUUUUAACAAAGAUGUGGAAAAGGCUUUUGUGGAUCAUAGUCGAACAAUGUUUGAAAAGAUGACAAAACCAAGUUUAUUGAUUGCUAAGGAAGUUGGAAAUAUGUAUACACCUUCUCUCUAUGCUUGUUUAGUAUCUUAUAUUGCAAGUCAAAGCAUUGAAGCAUUGCAAGGAAUUCGUGUAGGAAUGUUUUCAUAUGGUUCUGGAUUGGCUGCAACCCUUUUUUCUUUGUGUUUCUCUGAUGAUAUUUCUAAAGGAUCACCUUUGCGUGCUCUGCAUGACAGUCUGCAAAAUAUAAAAUAUCGCCUCACCAGUCGUAUGGAAGUUAGUCCAAAGACUUUUACAGAAAUUCUGAAGCUCAGAGAUACUACUCAUCAUCAAGCUCCUUACACACCUAUAGGAAAGGUUGAAGACCUGUUUCCAAACACAUGGUACUUGGAACAUGUUGAUGAGAAGCAUAGAAGAAGCUAUCUGCAGCAAAAGGAAACUCCUUGUAUUCAGCGAAAUGGAUGCAUAACCAAAAUGAAUGUCAUGAAUUGUGAAAGUACCAAAGUUGCAGAGGACUUUUGCAAAGUUAGUGCCACGGCCAUUCGUCUUUCUGAAAGUGUACAACCUGUCUGAAUGAGGAACAUGCAGUCAAUUUUAUUUUUUGAAGCAGCUGAGGAGGUACUGCACUUAUAGCUCUAUGCCAACUGAGCAGCUUAAAAAAAAUUAACUAGCCUUUUGUAAUCCAGCAUUUAUCAAUAUAGAAGCAUUGAUAAACUUAUUGGAUUAUAUUGCUGUUCUUCCUUCCAAUCUAUUACUGUAAGAGAUAUAUAAAAAUGGAUAUGCCCUGGGUUAAGGUAUGAUGUAAUUAUUAAUUACUUAGUUGAUUACAUUGUAAGAAUUUUGAAAUAUUUUAUUGUAUGCGAAUAUUUUUAAUAACAAAAAUCCCGGUAUACACCAAUAUUUUGUUUAUAAUGUUUUUAUUCUUUUUGCUGAUAAUUUAUUUAUUAUUACUUUAAGUACUAGAUUUCUUUCUUAUUUUAUCCAAUUUAACAAAUUGUAAGGGAUAUCUGUUUCUUAAUAUUUUCACUUUACAUUCAUUUAUUAUAACAGACUUGCAUCUCAUAUGAGAAAAGAACAAAAGUGUAAAUAUUAAAUAUGAUUACUGGAUAAUAUUUAUUUUGGUAUGGUAUUUUAGGGUCGUGAGUAUUUUGCUUUUGAAAUGCAGUUUAUUAUUUUUAGAUUUUUUCGGUGUAUUAUUGAUUGUAUACAUUGAUUCGUCUGAAUUUUUUUUGAAGUUACAGUGAUUUUAUGAUUGAUAUGCAUAUGCAUCAAUAGUAUACAAGGCCUUAGUAUUGUAAAUAAUAGAUGCAUGUGUGAAUUAAUUUGCUUUCCCCGUGAUUAAAAUGUAUUUAUGUAAUCUAUACUGAGUUCAAAUCUUAACUGAUUGAGUGCUAGUGUAAAGGGCAUAUAUAAUAUGUAGAAACUGUGAGCAAUUAAUUUUAAUUUCGUAAUAUAUUAUUCUGGAAAGUAUUGGUAUGUAUUGAUUUUUCUGCAAUCCAAGCUUUUAGAGCUUACUAUGAAUUGCCUAAUCGAUGGCUCUGAAUUUGAUUUAUUUGCAAUAAAUUAUUUAAAUAUUUGAUUAUUACUCAAAAUAAAAAUCUUAAUAGCCCUAAGGCUUUUUAAUGCUUGUUACAAAUUUGUUAAAAUGUUUUGCUUAUAUUUUUCAUUUCAAAUGACUAAAUAUGAGGAACUAGUAGUUGGGAUUAUAAAAAUAAUUAUUCUUUGAAAAGUAAGAGAAAAGGAUUAUAUAAUGUAUUCUAUGCAGGAAAAUUUAAGUAGGUGUUUUUAAAAGUGUUUAUACUUUUCUCUUUAAUUUUUAUUUUUCCUCUUUAAAUUUUAUUUAAAACAUCAUUUUGAUUUGAUUAAGAAGAGUUAAAUUUAUUUAAUAUUUUAUAAAUGUAUUAUGUUAAAAUCCUUUAUGAUUGAGUAAUAGAGAAUUUUAUAGUUUUCUUAAUUUGUUAUAUUUUUAAAUUAUACAUAACCACUCAAUCAGUUAAAGCUUUUGUAAUUUAGUUUCAUUGACUGUAAAAAAAAAAAUUCAACCAAUGAUGCCUUUAUAACAAUUUUAUGUAUAAUUUUUAAAUGUGUUAUUUAUAUAUCAUUAAGUUGGCUUUUAUAUAUGAUUGAUUUUUAUUCAUGUAUAAAGCUCAAGUAUACUUUUUCAUGUGAAUAUAUCCAAAUGAUUAUUCUAAAUAUAUAUAUAAUGAAUGAAAUCCUUUUUCAUUUCUUUAGUUAUUUCAUGAGUAUUUAAUGCAUUUCUUUGUGUGGUGCUGGUUAUAUUUUAAGAGAAAACAAGUUGAUUUAAACUCAUUCAGAGAUUGUGCUGUUUAAAUUUCAUUUAUUUUUAAUUUAAUUUGAUAUAAAUUUAAAUUUUGAUUAAUCUGCUUAUACUGCAGAAGUUUAAAAGUUUAUCCAAUGAUAUUUUUUAAAAUGAAGCAUGUAAUUUUGAGUAAUUAAUUAAUUUUGUAGUUAAGACAAGAUGCAGCAUAUAUUUAUAAUUCUGCAAAUCUUAUUAAAAUUGGGUAAUACCACAGUGAAAUUAAACCAUGUUUAAUAUCUUUAAAUAUAUAAUCUGGAGAUCAUUUCAUAACAUAUUUUAUUUUAAAAAUACAUUUUAUUUAACUUAGCAAUAAUUUUGAAUAUCAUAAAUGUGCUUAUUUAUUUUAUGCAAUAUCUUAAUAUAAUUUUCUAUAGAGAAUUUGCUUUAUUGAUUAUCUUCUCAUAUGCUAAUAUUUCGCUCCAUACACUGAAGUUUAUUAAAAACAUUCUUGAACACAUAGUAAAUGCAAAAGUUAACAAUUGCAAUCUUUACUUACUUUUAUAAUUUAGCUUUGAAUGUGAAAGUCACAAAAUUAAAAUUAUGAAACAUAUAAUUAUAUUUUAUAGUCUAACUACCUGGAUUCAUGUAUACAUACAAUCAUUCUUGUGUUUCAAAUACAUUCAUUUCCUUCUUAAUCAACUGUUAGCAUUGUGUUCUAUAUAUAUAUAUAUAUAUAUAUAUAUAUAUAUAUAUAUAUAUAUAUAUAUAUAUAUAUAUAAUAUUUGAUAUCUGGCAAAAAAGCAUUGCUUUGUCUGCAUUAUUUGUUUUUACUUAAUCUAUCAUAUUGAAAAAUAAAGUUUUGAUUGAGAAGAACCAAUAUUUUAAAACGAAAAAACAAAAUGAGCAUGAAAUUUAAGGGGUAAACCAAUGAGAUUUUCAAUCCAUUAAAUAAACAGUGAAAUUCUAAGAAUUUUGUUAUCAAAGAGUUUGGAGAAUUUAUUAAUUCUUAUAGCAUUUUCAUUCGAUUUUUUAAAUAUUGACAAUCCUUUUAUUUUUAUUUAAAUUCAUUUUUUAAAGAUGAUGAAUGAUUAAAAUGAGUUUUUAUUAAAUAUAAGAUUAAAUUACAAAAUAUUAAUCUGGUAUACUGUGGAGUUGGGGGGGGCAUACUACUGAAAUGUCUUAAUUUUUUAAAAAAAGAAAAAGGCAGCUAUUUAGUUAUUUGUAUUAAUAAUUUUAUGCUAAUUAUAUCGUUUUAACAACUAUUGCAUAAAGUGAAAAUCUGUAUUUUUUUUCAUUCAAUUGUGUAUUUGUGUUGAUAUCAGUAGUCUUUUCUUGUCAUUAUUAAAUUCUAAAUUGAUAUGAAAUUCUUUCUGCUUUAGGUUAACUUUGAUCGAAAUUUUCUUUUUCAUCUUAUUUACUGUAUAUAAUCUUGAGUGCAAUUUACUGUUUAAACUUUUAAGUGCAAUGGACAAAUGUGAGAGUUGUUUGUGUUUUCUGUAAAAAUCAAAAGUUAUCAAAUGAAAUAUUUUUUAUUUUUAUUUGGUAGCAUUUUUAAAAUAUCUGCUUAUGUUUGGAAAACGUUUUAUAAGUAUAAUAAAGAUCACUGAAAAUAUUUUAUUCAAAUAUUCUAGAACAUUUGUGUCUUCUUAGUAUUAAUGUUCAGAAAACAUUGAAAAUUAUGAUUUUUAUUCUCUAUCUUGUGCACUAUGAUAUGCAAAGCUUUGAAAACAUGAGAUCUUUGGGUUUCUCUGAAAAAUGUUAGAUUGCUUCAGAUUAAAUAAUAAUUCAUCACCUUGAUGCAAAGGUUCUUGUGAGACUACCAAAUGUAAACAGGCAACCUUAUUUUAAAUAUGCUUAUGUAUGAAGUCCUUGCAGAAAAAAUCAUAAAAUAUAAAUUUUGGAAUCAUUGAAUUUUUUUAAAGUUGAAAAUACUAGAGAUAAAAGUUUUUGGCCAUUUUUCAGUGUCAUGUUGGGAAUUUAAUAUAUAAUACAGACAUGUAAAAAGAUAAUCCUAAAAAAUUACUUUAUUGUUGCAGAACAAUAGCCAUUUCAUAAGCAGAUGUUUUUAAAAGAACUCUGUUCUAAAAUGUCUGUGACUUUUGAUUUACUGAUGAAAUUUUGUUCUUGUUACUAAGAAAUUGGUACUUCCAGACCGUUUUUAUAUUAAAAGGUUUGCUAGUGGGUUAUUGAAACUUUUUGAAGCAUUUUUGUAUUUGGCAAUAAUAAAGGAUUUCUUUUGUA